AUGUCUGGUGGGAUACCGUUUGUUGAUUUGACCUCAGAUGAUGGGAGUAACGAUGUUGAUGACGGCCUUCUGCCUAUUGGUCAAACGGCUGAAUCAGAUGGUGAAAGUGGUGUGUUAUCAUCUGUAGCGGUCACGAGAGGUCUUCCAAGUGGUGAUAAUCAUAUGGUUAGUACAACUGUUUCAAAUAGAGAGACGACUACACGAAGGUUAAUGGGUUUAAAAGGUGAUCAACAUAUUAUUCAAGGAAUUAGGGCAAAGCAUGAUUUACAUACAGUUGGGGGAAAUAUGGUAAAUAAGCAGCAGCAAGGAGAUGCUGUAAGUGGUAAUUCCUUUAGUACCGUGACUAGGAAGAAGCGUAGGUUAGGUUGCAAUGAGGCACCAAGUUACAUGCAAAUGGCCAGUGACGUUGGGGGGGUUGAUGAAAAUAACUCAGCGACUGAGGGGCGGGAUUUAUCGUUCAAUAGCCGUAGUGAUGAUGAGGAACUUAGCCCGCUGGAAAGCAGUUCCAAUUCUUUAGUGUCUGAAUUAGAACAAAGUGCAGCGGAUGACCCGCUUUUAAAAAUGAUGUUAACUAAACCGAUCAAGUCAGAAGCAUUGAACAGUAAUGAAGAUGAUCAGUCUUUUAAGAAAAAACUGGGAGUUGUAGAUGGUGAUAAUGAAGGUGACGAAGGUGUACCUAUUUUCCUGAUUAGCAGUGGUGAUGAAAGUGAACCAGAGUCAGAUAGAAAAUCUAUGGAGAAGAAGGAGGGCGAUCUUUCUCUUGAUACAGUGUCGGAUGGUCAUCAGGCUCUGUUAAAGGUUCAAAGGAAUCGAAUGGAUUGGCUAGUUCAAAGAGAACAAAAAUACCACGAUCAAAUGGUACAGCUUGAAGCUGCAAAGCAAAUACUUCGAAGUAAAAUAGAAAGAAGAGAGACAAUGCUCAAAGAGGGAGUUACAGGUGACAAAGAUUUAUUAGAAGCUAACAAGGUUACUAAAAUGAAGCUGGAGAAAACGCAUAAAGAGAUAGAACGGAAUAAACAUGAGUAUGAAAUGCUUCGAAGAGAAAGGAAAGAAGCAUUCUUGGAAAGUCAGCUCGCGAAAUUAGAUGAGAAUGUCAGUAAGGCGACAUAUGUUCAAACAAAACGGGCUUUAUUGAAUCUUAAAUUAAAGAAUGCUCCGUUCAAGUUUUCCAAUAUCGAAGAAUUGCGUGUAGAGAGUGAUAGAAUCAAAGCAGAAUUAGCUCUACUUGCAAAUAUUCCAAUUAACGACGAGGAAGCCAGAAGUGCUGAAGAACACCUAGUUUUUAAUAAUGUUUGCCAAAAGGUACUACGUUUGCUGGAAGGUGCUAACCGCAGUGCGGAAAAUAAACAGUUACUUCGAGAUAAAAUCGCUGUUAUUGUUGGUUUUGAGAAUAAUAUACACCUUAAGAAACCGGUUACGCCUGGUGAGUUCAAUGGUGCACGUGGUGCCGCUAUGGAGUUGAAGAAGCAAGGGAUCAUAAUGCCUCAUGUUUUUAAUAGAUUAUGUGAAUUGGGAGUCAUUAACAGGGACGCCUCUUCGAAUGAACUAGAAUUUGAAAAGAAAUAUUCCACUUCUAUGGACCCCAAAGUAUUCGGACAAAAUGAGGAGGUAGGCAAAACUACUUCAGGAACAGAAUCUAAAGCUUUCUUUCAAACUAUUUCGAAAGUACGUUCAAUAUUGGCAUCUUUAAAUCGACCCAAUGAUACAAAGGCUUUAAUCAACAAACACUUGAGUGUAAUUGAGUCGUAUCAAGAGUUGAUAGAUAAUGGCCUGACUCCAGAUGAAGGCAAAAAAUGGGAAGUUGUAAAUGCUAUUCGUAUGCUACAUAAACAAGGUGUCAAAAUGCCUAUCGUGUAUCAAACAUUAGAACGCCAAGGUUUGGACUGGAAAUAUGACCCACAUGGUGCAAUGCGAAAUAUUAUAGACGCUCGAAAACUGAUAGAAAGCAAUACCAAACGUACCCUAGAGGCCAAACAACAGACAUACAAGCUACUUGAUAGCAUACGGAAUGCAGUAAUCGAAACAAUGGCAGGUGUUCUGUUUGAUCCUGAAAAGAAAAGCUACGUUAACAUGCAACUAGCAGCAUUAAGGAAUAUGGGCGUAAGAAUGCCCCUUGUCGAUAGAACUCUUGACACAUAUUUUAAGAGCUAUGACGAAAACCAAAUCGAUAACUUCGAUUUGACAAGAGAUACCAUAGAGGAAUCAUCUAGGAGUGUAGUGGAUCCAUCUGAAGAUGAAAAAUACUACUAUCAGUCCAUCCAGAAUGCUGUUGAUAUAUAUAACACGCCAUUCAACCAAUCCAGGCUCGGUCAUGAAAAGACCAAGCAGAUAAUUUUGGCUCUGGAAUGUUUUAGGGUUUUUAGAAAGAAGUUCAGUUUUGCCUCUAUUCCUCUGCUUUGGAAGCAACAGGUACAACAUGCAAUUAAUACAGUAUUAGAAAACAAUAUUGAACUUCCUAGGGUAUUCAAAUAUCUGAAGAAACGGGGAUUUUCUAUAGAUACUUCGAGUUCCAAAACAAGGACCUUUAAAAAUGAAUACACCAAUGAUAAUGAUUCAUUUAUGGAACCAUUGAUGAUUGAAGAUGACCUUGAGGAUCCUGACUUCAAAAUGUUGGAAAAAUCAGAUUUAAUACCGAGCCGUACAUCCUUUGAAAAUCAACUUCAAAUGUCUAACAUUUACACAGCUAGGGACCAUCAAAGUUUAAAUGAGUUAUUGGAAAGUUUGAAACAAACUGAGGUUAGUGUAGAAGGUGAAGAACUAACUCCACCUGAAAUGACAGUGAAUUUAUUAAAACAUCAAAGACAAGGUUUACACUGGUUAUUGAAAACAGAGAGGUCAAAGGUUAAGGGCGGUUUAUUAGCAGAUGAUAUGGGUUUAGGAAAAACCAUUCAAACAAUCGCUUUAAUACUUGCUAAUAAACCCAGAAAUGAUAACUGCACAAUCAACUUGGUUGUAGCUCCUGUUUCUGUGUUGCGUGUCUGGAACGAUGAAGUCAACACCAAGGUCAAAAAAAGUGCCGAGCUGAAAGUGACAAUAUAUGGGGGUCUGGGAGGCAAGAAGUUUAAAAACUUUAGCGCUUUGCAAGGCUAUGAUGUUGUUUUAGUUUCCUAUCAAACACUUGCAAUUGAGUUCAAAAGGCAUUGGCCCAGGAGGCUGCAAAAUGAAAAAAAGAACACAACACUCGAACUUGCUGAUAUUAAAGCGAUGAAUUCAUUAAAGACUCGUGAAGAAUAUUGGUCACCCUUUUUUGCCGACGAAUCAGUAUUUUAUCGCGUGAUACUGGAUGAAGCUCAAAACAUUAAAAACAAACAGACGUUAGCAGCUAAAGCUUGCUGCACACUCAGCGCAACCUAUAGAUGGGUAUUAUCAGGCACUCCAAUACAAAACAAUAUAUUAGAACUUUAUUCGCUGAUCAGGUUUUUAAGAAUUGCUCCUUAUAACAGAGAGGAGAAGUUCAGGGAAGAUAUUGCUAAUGUUUUGGCUGCGCGUGAUAUUCGUAUGGAUGAUAGAAAUGUUGAACGGGCUUUAACGAAAGUUCGUGUUUUACUGCGGGCAAUUAUGCUGCGCAGGUCUAAGAACUCUACAAUUGACGGCGAACCUAUCUUAACAUUACCUGAAAAACAUCUCAAUAAGAUAGAAGAUGUCUUGGGCGGAGAGGAUUUAGAAUUCUAUCAAUCCCUAGAAUAUAAAACAGCUAUAAAAGCCAGAAAACUAUUAAAUGAACGUAAAUCAGGCUCGUAUUCGAGUAUUCUAACAUUAUUAUUGAGAUUACGUCAAGCAUGCUGUCAUCAAGAACUAGUGAAAAUUGGGGAGGCUAAAGCCGAGGGAACAAGGGUUGUAAAUGGUACAAAUUUUGAAGAUGAUUGGAAGCGAUUGUACUAUGUGGCCAAAAGUAUGAAUAAAACUAGUCAAGAAACAGUAAAACAAUGUACAGAGUCGAUGACUUGUCCCCAAUGUCUCGAACAAAUGGAACUUGAAUCUACAGCUGUAUUGACGCCAUGUGGCCAUCUUUUGUGCGAACCAUGCGUUGGUCCAUUCCUAGAAACAGCAAGAGAUUCCCCAUCCGUUAUUAAAGGUCCGAAGGGCACAAGGUCUUACUUCGUGCCCUGUUUAGUCUGCGAGAAGCUCAUAAACGACCAUGAGCUUGUUUCAUACCAGUUAUACGAUCAGGCCAUCAAUCAAGGAUUUACUGAAGACGACUUACGUCUUGAAUAUGAAAAGGAAAUGGACAAACGGCGCAGCAGACUAAAAUACGACUAUCAGAUCAACUUCGAAUUAUUACAUCAAUCGAAGAAGGUGCAACAAUGCCUGGAAAUUAUCCGUUCUGUAUUAGCAUCCACAGAAAAUGAAAAGGUCGUUGUAUUUUCUCAAUUUACUGCCUUUUUUGAUAUCCUGGAACAUUUCAUAACUACAAUACUGGAGGCGAAGUAUUUGAGGUACGACGGUUCCAUGAGUGGUGCAGCAAGAUCCAAUGUGAUAGAGCGUUUCUAUCGUGAGAGGGACCAACGCGUGCUUCUCAUAUCCAUGAAAGCCGGAAAUUCCGGUCUAACUUUGACAUGUGCAAACCACGUUAUCCUAGUUGAUCCAUUCUGGAAUCCUUACGUCGAAGAACAGGCCAUGGACCGUUGUUACAGAAUUAGUCAAGAAAGAGAAGUUCACGUCCAUAGACUAUUGCUUACAGCAACUGUUGAAGAUAGAAUUGUCGAAUUACAAAAUCGCAAAAAGGCUCUAGUAGAGAGUGCAAUGGAUCCUUCAGAAUUACGAGAAGUUAAUCGUUUGGGACGCAGAGAACUAGGAUUUCUAUUCGGUUUGAAUACCCUAGAACCACCACCACCGACAACCACAAUGCAGUCUUAA